AUGAAAAAGAAUGCAACUCAGUAGCAACUGCGAGGGGCUUCUGAAACUAGAAAAAAUACAAAACCUGCCCAUUAUAAUAGUAGUUAGAGUUUAUCUAUUUACCCAACUUAGAGUCAAUAAUAGCUGCAACAAUAGUAGAAAACUCUUUCAGGAAGCAUUAGCCAGUAAAUGUGGAUGUCUAAAUCAGACUCUGUUUAGGGAGAAUUUUUUUUUGAUAACUAGAAUUAUUAAGCAGGGCAAUAACAAAAAGCAUAAGAUAAAAAUUUGAGUAUUCCCAUGAAAAAAUUUUUUGGCCAUGCUCCCUAAUAUAGGAAUGCUAAUUAAAGCCAAUCUUAAACCAGUAUAAAUGCAAAAAUUUAAAAUGUAUAAUAGAAGUUUUGGUAGGAUGUAAGUAAGAGCGAUAAAUCUUUAAUGCGUUUAGAGUCGGGCAAAUCUAGACCUGUAACUGCAGGUUAAUUCAAGCCAUUAACACGUGCAUUUUCAAUGCCAAAAUUCAAAAAUGAAAUGCUUCAAAAUCAUAACCUAUAAUCAAUAAAGCAAGAAGAAAUAGAUGAGAGAGAGUUUCCUCAAUUUUAAGAAAAUAUAGCAUAUGAAGGAUAAAUAUAAAAUGCUGUUUAAAAUUUGAAUAGUUAGGUUAAUUUUUAAAGAAUAGUAAAUAUUCAUUAAUAGCCCUUUUAGUUUUUAAGUCAUGUGGGAGGAAAAUAUACAAGCAUUAAAAAUAUUUCAAGUGAAGAAGCUAACAAUAUAAUCACAAAGGACCUUUUUCCUACGAAGAUCGUUCCUGUUUAGCAGAUGAAUCAAUAUGAAUAGCUUCAAAUGUUUAAAAAAAUAGAUAUUGACAGGAAUAUUAAUGAUUAAAUAUCUAAGCAUGCAAAAGUUCCUACAAUUAUACGUCCUAGUACAGCAAUAUAAUCUGCUCAUAGCUAAGCAAAAUCUACCAGUUAAUCUCAUGCUGAUUAAAUACCUAGUGCUGUAUUGUCAGGUAGACUUUCAAGCUCCAAAGGGAGAACAUAGUCUUAAGCCACUUUGUCUGCAAAGCAAUAAACAUAGGUUUAAGGUCUUCCACAAGCAUAACAAAAUUUUGGAAAAAGUAGGAAUAUUUAAACAGCAACUGCUAAUAUGAAAGCACCUGGUUAGAAGCUUGAACAUUCUUAAUCUUAAAAUACACUAUCUUAAAAGAAUUCAUUACCUUCCUCUGCUAAUUAGUAAAGGUUACUUAGUGGAAAGUAAUAGAGAAUAUAAUCAGCAAAACCUGAGUUAAUGAGAAGAUUGUAAGAUAAGAAUAAAGUAAUUGUUGAAGAAAUGAAUUAAGUAGAUUAGGAGUUAGAUAUUUAAGAGGAUGUCGUUGGUGAUGAUGAAUUUUAUAAUCGUGCUGAAAAUAUUAAAGGUAAAAUAGAUGGAAAGAUGCUAUUAGACAAUCGUCCUAAAUCAAGUCUAGCAGGAAAGAGGCCAGUUAGUGGAAAAGUAGCUGGAGCAGAAUCUUUUUUUAAAGAGUUUAGAAAAUAUACUUCAUUUAAUGCUUUAGAUACUCCAUAUGAAGAAUUAUUUGAUAGAAACGAACGUACUAUUACAGCUACAUUUGCUAAGUUUGGCGAUCUGGGAUAUUAUUCUCCAGUACAAAGAAUAGGAAGCUAUAUGCAAUAUUCUGCCAAGCUUAAAACUGAGCAUCUGCUUGAAAUCGUUUCCCUUCAGUAAACAAGUACAAAUAUAGAAAAGCCUGAAUGUGAAAUUCCUAUUUAAUUAGCUAUUAUUGAUGAGUUAAACCCUUAUUAAAAGAAAUCUAAAACUGGUAUUUCAACAACUUUUACUCCUGAAGAUAUGAAAAGAGAGCCUAUAUCAUUAAGUUUGUUCCCUGAAUAUUUCCCAGAAACUGACGAAAAUUAAACUCCAUAAGAUUCUGCUAAUGAGUUGUUUUAUGAAAUGCUUUAAGAAAUGGGAGGAACUUAUGAUCCUUUUAGUCUUGGAAUUAAAAAAUAUCAUUAUAUUGAUCCAGUUUUAUGGCCUUAAAGUAUAGCAAAUUUAGUAGAUUCAUCUGUUAAAAGAUAUAAUCACUAUAUUGAAUCUGAUAUUAUUAGAGCAGAUGAAAUACCUAAAUUUAGAAAAAAUUGGAUGGUCAAUGCUUUUAAUCUAAUACCAUAAGAGCUCUUGAAAAAUGAGUUUACAUCAAGAUAAGUUUUUUAAGAAAUAUUUGAAAAUUUCAAAACAGCUAUGAAAACAGCUAUGCUCGAUUAUAUUUUAAGAUCUCCUCAAGAAAGAGCUAGAUUACAUAUACAGCUUGUUCCUAGAAAAGUAUUAUGCAGUGGUGAGCGUAUUGCUAGAGAAGGUGGUUUUAAUAUUAAUCUUUACUAAGAUUGGCAUAAUUUUGUAGAAUUUGGAAGAGAGUUUUGUCGUGGAAAUUUAGUUUUAAUGAAUAUAAUUAAUAGUUCCUUACAAAGUUGGUCUUAUGAGUUUUCUUCAUUGAGCUUAUUUGAGUAUGAAGCUUUCAAAAGAGUUAGCACAUUAGGAUAUACAUAUAGUAUUGAAUAAUUUACAAAAUUGUAACAAGUUUAUCGUAUGAAUGUUAUUUCUUUGAUGAAAAAUAUAUGGCAUAGAGGUGCAAUCACUAUUAUAAAAAAAUUUAAAUAUCUAAGAAGAGUUGAUACAUCCUAUGGAAAAUGGACAUUAGGAGGGUUUAAGAAGCAUAUUAAAGAAACCAAAUUUGCCCUCAAAAAUGAUAGAAUUUAGUAAAGAUUAAUGAAUACUGGCAAUAUUGAAGAAAUAGCAGAAGAAGAGCAAUACGAAGAAGAUAGUAGAUAAAGUCAUAAUAGAAGGUCAAUAAGAAAUCCUUUAGGUGAGAGCAAUAGAAUACCUGAAGCUAGUGAAGGUUCUCCUUCAAACUAAUAUUAUGGCUAAUUUGAUGAUAACCAUCAUAUGUAUGAUUAUGGUGAAGAAUAUGACGAAUUUGACUACCUAAAUGAAAGUUUGGCAUACUUAAUUGAUAUAGAUAAUGAAAUUAACACUCCUGAAAAUGUUUACUUUUAAAUGCUUAAGUAUAAAAUUGAAAGAGAAGUAUAAAUAUUAGAUUAAAAAGGAGGUUAUACUAAUAGGCUAGAUUACUAAGCUGAAAUGAAUCAAUAAAUGCAAGGAAGCUAAAAUGAAUUUGAUUUCUAUGAUGACAUUGAGUUUGAAGAUUUAAAAGAUAUAAGAGACAAUAGCGCUUAUCGUAAAAUAGCAUAAAAAACAAUGGAGGAUGAAUAGGUAUGGAGAGAAGAAAAUGGAUGGUCUCUUUACACAAAAGAAUAUAAAUCUAGAAUUUUAGAUAAUGUUGGUAUUCUGAUGGGCUUAUAACUGCGUAAAAUUAUAGAAGAAUCCUUUGCUUAUUUAGAGAAAAAAAUUAUCAGUUACCCAACCUACCGCCGCUGGAAAGCCAUAUAAGCAAAAAAGAAGGAAGUAGGGUCUUUAGAUUUUAUAGAAGAUAAUAUCUAAUCUAAUUGCGAGAUUGACGAAGAUGAUGAAGAAUAAGAGGCUUCAAAAAGCGGGCUUGGUUUGGGAAGCAAUGCUCCUUCAAAUGACAAAAGCCCUUAUGAUCUAAACGGGCUUCUUCCUAAUUAAAAUUUAAAAUCCAAAUCUAGACUAUUUAUUUUGAAUUAAAGCAUAAAUAAUGUUAGUGCAAGUGCAGCUUAAAAUUCUAAAUUAGAUACCAGCAAGCGUACAUCAUAAAUGAGACUACCUUCUAAUAAUUAAUUAGGAAGUAACUAAACAGCUAGGCCUCUCAGCUCAAAUAGAUCAAGGGCUGGAUUAAAUGCUGAUAAAAGCAGCUUAGCUUACAUACCAUAAGAUGGGAUUAAUACAGAGUCUAAUAUUAAGACUCUGAUAUAACUUUACCCUAAAGAUAGCUAAAUCUUUUAUAAAAAGGCAGAUUUUAUGAAAGAUCAAGAUGACUUAUCACCAAUAUUAUCUUUAUCUUUGUAUGUUGAAGAAGAGUAAAUUAAAUUUAGAGAAAAUUCUGAUUUAAUCAAAAACGAAUUCCGUAAAUUAUUUAAUGAUAUGGUAACUUCAUUUGACUAGUUUUUGCAUCCUCGUUAUUGUAAAGUCAAAUUAGAAAAAAAUUAGCAAACUCUAUAGCGCGAUACUUCAUAUAUUUCAGAAGGCGCUUAAGGUAAAGACGAAAGGUCAAAAUCUAAUUAAAAGGGAGUAACUCGUAAAUAAUUUAUGUCUAAUGCACCUAAAAGCUUAAAGACUGCUUUUGAUAAUGUUACUCCUGAAGAUUUUGAGGCUAAUUGCUAAGAUAGAUUUGAUGAGUUCUAUAAAAAGUUCUGCAGCUUUGUACAAGUUUAAGAAAAAUAAGCUAAAGUGGGUGGUUAAUAAGCAAAUACAUAAACAGAAGGUGAUGAAAAAGAUGCUCAUGCCACUAACAAUAAUUAAAACGAUGAAUUUGCCAACAGAAUCUUAAAUAGUUUGGUAGCACCAGGACAGAAGAAGAAGAAAUUCUUGCAAAUGGCAAAUUUCAACGAAGCCUACUUUGCAGGAGUUGUAAACAGAACUAUUACACAUAUCCUAAAGCAUUUAGAAGAGAGUACAAUAGUUUUGACUGUUUUUGAUUAAUUCAAGCCAUUUAUUGAGAAGUAAGCAGAAAGAGAAAUAAGAAAUGUUAUUAACAAAAAAUAAAAUAUGACAAAUGAAGAAUUUAAAAAUUACUAUGAAAUCUUAGAAAAGUUCGACAAUCUCUCUGAUUAAAUUCCUGACAAAGUCAAAUUAACAUUAUUUGAUGUAAGAUGUACAGAUGUUAAAUAAUACAUCAAAAAGUAGAUCAAGGAUUUACAAUAGCGCUUAAUUUUUGCCUUUGAAGAUAUCAUUUUAACAACCCUAAGAUCGGUAACUGAAAAAUAUUCAAGAAUAGCAAGUUUUAUUAGAAAAUCAACAACAACUGCUGAUGAGGUAGAAGAAAUGGAGAAAUUUUUAGCAGAAUUAACUGGCGAUAGAAUACAAAUCAAAUUAAGGACAAGUGCCUGCUUUUAAAAAAUAGUUUUCCUUCAAAAGUUAAAUGUAAAAGGUAACUAACAAAUAGCAGAUUUAGCUAAAGAUGUUCAUGAAUGGCCUGAGAAACUAGAUAAAGAGCUUAUUGCAUAAGAAGAAAAACACUAAAUUGAACGCUCAAGAAUUGAAGAAAAGCUAAGAGAGAAGAGAACAAUAUUUGAAAAUAGAGUUAGUGUAUAUCUUGAAGAUCUCAAAGAUUUAGAAAAGUUUACAGAAUAUUAUAAGCAUAAGGAUUAUAUAGUAGAAAUUGAUGAGUUUGAAAGACUCCUCAAUGAUGCUAAAGAUCUGAUGGAAGAUAUUAAUGAUCAAGAAAAGAAGCUCUUUGGUAUCAGCUCUAAUUUUGAAAAAUUUUUCACUUUACAAUAAGAUUUUGAGCCCUAUCAAAAGCUUUGGCGUGCUAUUAGCGUAUUCAGUGAGAAUAAAAAAAAAUGGAUGGGUGACUCUGCAAGCACUCUCGAUUCUUCAGAUGCAGAAUCUAUUGUUAAAGAGCAUAAUAAAAUUUCUAGUAAAUUACUCUAUGCAUUCAGAUCUGAUUCGAUUGCAUCAACAAUUAGCUAAAAAUUCAAAGAAGAAGUAACACAAAUGAGUGUAUAUCUUCCUGUAAUUGAAAUAAUAUCAAGGCCAGGCAUUUAAAAGAGACAUUGGGAUAAAAUUUAAAAAGUUUUAAGAAUUCCUGAUGAUGAGUUUAACUAUGAUAAAAUUUCUCUCAAGUAUCUUUUAGCUAAAGGAAUUCAAGAAAAAAUAACAGAAGUAGAAGAAAUUUCAGAAAAUGCAUCAAAAGAAUUUGGUCUUGAAACUGCUCUUGAUAAAAUGGAGAAGGAAUGGGAAAAUUUAUCAUUUUAAAUAGUAAAUUGGAAAAAUAGAGGGGUAUUUAUUUUGCAAGGUUCUUCAGUAGAAGAUAUCCAAAUUUUGUUGGAUGACCACACAUUAAAAGCUUAAACAAUCAGAGCUAACCCCAAUAUUAAAUUUGCAGAGUAAAGAGCUGUUAGAUGGGAGAAAUUAAUGCUAUUUAUCUAGUCAGUUUUGGAAAACUGGAUCAAAGUGUAAACUCUGUAUCUAUAUCUUGAGCCUAUAUUUAGUUUUGAAGAUAUAAGCAAAACUUUAGUCACAGAGACUGAUAAAUUUAAUAUAGUCAAUAAAACUUGGAAAUAGAUUAUGGAAUGUGUAUAAAAUGAUCCUAAAGUCUUGAGUGUAGAAAAGAUCCCUAAUGUAGAAGAAGAGUUAAUUCAUUGCCUAAAGCUUAUUGAAGAAAUCUAAAAAGGUUUAGAAGAACACCUUGAAUCCAAAAGAUUAGAAUUUCCUCGUUUCUUCUUUUUAUCAAAUGACGACUUACUUAAUAUUUUAGCUGAAACUAGAGAUCCAUUGCUAGUUUAGCCUCAUAUGAAGAAAUGUUUUGAAGGUAUCUCUGAGUUACUCUUUAAUUACAAUGUUGACAUUACAGGUAUGCGUAGUAGUGAGAAAGAAGAAAUUUAAUUUUUAGAGAGAAUUUCACCUCGUAAUUUCAAGUCAAAUGUAGAAAAAUGGCUUUUAGAAGUUGAAAAAUAAAUGAGAACUUCAUUGUCUAAAGUGAUGGAAGAAGGAUUAUUAGAUCUCUAGUCUGGCUAAGAAAAAAGAUCAGAGUGGGUAAGAAAGUGGCCAGGAUAGGUAGUUAUAGCAAUUUCAUAAUUAAUAUGGACUGAAAGUUUAGAAGAAAGCUUAAACUAGUCAGGUCUAAAUGGAUUAAAGCAAUUCUAUGAGAUUUGCUAAGGCGGAUUAGAAGAAAUAGUUACACUUGUAAGAUAAAAUUUAACAUAUUUAGAAACAAUUACUCUUGGUGCUUUAAUCGUAAUCGAAGUUCAUAAUAAAGAUGUUGUCAAGAGGCUUAUUGAUGAUGAAAUAAGCAACACUUAAUAAUUCGAAUGGCUUUCAGAAAUGAGAUAUUAUUGGGAUGCUUCAGUUAAUAAAUUGAAUGUAAAGAUGAUGUCUACUUCUAUGAGAUAUGGAUACGAAUAUUUAGGAAACACUGGAAGACUAGUUAUCACUCCUCUUACAGAUAGAUGCUAUCGAACUCUCAUGAAUGCUCUUUAACUUAAUUUAGGAGGUGCUCCUGAAGGACCUGCAGGAACAGGUAAAACAGAAAGUACCAAGGAUUUAGCCAAAGCUAUUGCUAUGCAGUGCAUUGUUUUUAACUGUUCAGAUGGUCUUAAUAUACAUGCUAUGGCCAAAUUCUUUAAAGGGUUAAUAGCAACUGGAGCUUGGAGUUGUUUUGAUGAGUUCAAUCGUAUUGAUUUAGAAGUUCUUUCUGUCAUAGCUCAAUAAAUACUUUAAAUACAAUAAUGCAAAGCUGCUAUGAAAACAAACAUAUUAUUUGAAGGAACUGAGCUUGUCCUUAAGCACAGCUGUAAUGUUUUUAUUACUAUGAAUCCUGGUUAUGCAGGUCGUUCUGAAUUACCAGAUAACUUAAAGGCACUCUUUAGACCAGUAGCUAUGAUGGUUCCAGAUUAUUCAUUAAUUGCUGAAAUUUCGUUAUAUUCUUUUGGUUUCGUAGAUGCAAGAAGCUAAGCUAGAAAGAUAGUAGCUGUAUAUAAACUUUGUAGUGAAUAGUUAAGUAGCUAAGAUCACUAUGAUUAUGGUAUGAGAGCAGUUAAAGCUGUUUUAACUGCUGCUUCUUAGCUAAAGAGAAAAUAUCCAAAUGAAAGGGAAGAUGUUCUUAUUUUGCGUUCUAUUACAGAUGUUAAUCUUCCUAAAUUCUUAUAGUAGGAUGUAGAUCUUUUUAAGAAUAUAACAAGUGACUUAUUCCCUGGAGUUAAACUACCUAAUCCAGAUUAUAACACUUUAAACACAGCUAUGACUUCUGUCUUGGCUACUAUGAAUCUGUAAAGUGUCUAAAAUUUCCGUAAAAAAGUUCUCUAACUUUAUGAAGUAGUUAACACUCGUCAUGGAUUAAUGCUUGUCGGAUAGCCAUUUUCUGGAAAAUCUAGCUGCUAUAAAGUUUUGGCAGCAACCUUAACAUAUGCCUGUAAGAAAUUAGGGUCUUUAGAUGAGUUACCUACAAAUUAUUACAUUAUAAAUCCUAAAUCAAUAUCAUUAAACUUUUUAUAUGGUUACUCUGAUCCUGUUUCUAAAGAAUGGACUGAGGGAGUCUUAGCUGAAGUAUAUAGAAAGUGUGCCACUGCUACUGUUCCUGAUAGAUAGUUUAUAGUCUUUGAUGGACCUGUAGAUGCUGAUUGGAUUGAAAACAUGAAUACAGUCUUGGAUGAUAAUAAAAAAUUGUGUUUAAUGAGUGGUGAAACGAUUCCCAUGUCAAAUUCUAUGACUAUGAUGUUCGAAGUUGCAGAUUUGAGAUAAGCUUCUCCUGCUACAGUUUCUCGUUGCGGUAUGGUCUAUAUGCAACCAGAAUAAUUAGGAUGGUGGCCUUUGGUACUUUCAUGGCUAUCACAGAUUUCAGAAUUUUUAGAUGAAUCUCUAAUUGAACACUUAAAUGAGUUAUUUGAUGCCACUACUGGAUAAUGUGUUCAUUAUAUCAAAACGAGAUGCAAAGAGUAUCAGAACGUACCAGAAGGAACUCUAGUUGUGCAGCUUAUGAGACUUCUUAGAGCCUUUUUGCACAAAUAUAGAUUUUUUGAAAAAGAAUAUAUUUCUAAAAUAAAGCUAGAAGUUGUUUAAAACUCUUUAGAUAUGAUUUUUAUUUAUUGUACUAUAUGGAGUAUUGGUGCUACUAUAGAUGAAAAAGGAAGAUAAGAUUUUGAUCGCUAUUUAAAGUAGCUAAUAAAAAAUCCUUAAAAAUGCGAAACUAAAAAAGACAAACUUAUUAAAUUUGAGAAGUAAGCAAUGCUACCUGAAGCAGGUCCUCAUGUUUUAGUGUACGAUUAUUAUUUGGAAUAAGAAGAAAGUGGAUCAUGCAAAUGGAAAAAUUAUCAAUAAAUUAUAGAUUCUGUUUCUGCAACAGACUCUAUCCCUGCAGAUGAAUCUUAUCAUAAUAUUGUGAUAAAAACAGCAGAAUAGUUGAGAUUAACGGAACUUCUUUAAGUUGCCAUUUAAUAUCAUUAUCCUUUCUUGGUGAUAGGGUAAACUGGUACAGGAAAGUCUACUUACAUAAAUACAUAUUUGAAGUCGCUCUCACACGAAAAAUAUUUACUUGUUGGUAUCAACUUCAGUGCUUAGACAUCAUCAGAAGAAACUCAACUGAUUGUAGAUUCAAAAUUAGACAGAAGAAGAAAAGGUAUUUUUGGUCCUCCUAUAGGAGUUAGUUGUCUUGUCUUUGUGGAUGAUCUAAAUAUGCCUUAACUAGAUAAAUAUGGUGCUCAACCUCCUAUAGAACUACUCAGAUAAUUUUUAGAUUAGAAGGGUUGGUAUGGAAAAGAUAGAAAGUUUAUGGAAAUAAUUGAAACUUCUUUGAUUGGUGCUAUGGGUCCUCCUGGAGGUGGUCGUAACUAAAUAACAUCAAGAUUAUUAAGACAUUUUAAUGUCCUAUGCAGCAGUGAGCCUAAUUAAUUAUAAAUGGAAAGAAUUUUUACAGAGCUUAUGAGCUGGUAUAUGAACAAAAUAUAACUUAAUGAUGAAAAUCUAAGAAGAACUUUUAAGCUAUGCAUUGAAGCUACAGUAGAAAUGUAUAUGAACAUUGUUUAAAACUUAAAACCCACUCCUGCUAAAUGCCAUUAUCUUUUCAAUCUUCGUGAUGUAAGUAGAGUUGUUUAAGGAUUGCAACUAAUAUCUAAAAACUAAAUUGAAAAUGACAAAAAAAUAAUAAGACUAUGGAUAAAUGAAGUUAGCAGAGUAUUUUAUGACAGAUUAUCGUUUGAAUAAGAUUAAGUUUGGUUUUAUAAUGCAUUAUGCAGUUCAAUUAGAAAUAAAAUAAAAGAAGACAUCAAAAUGGUAAUGAAAGGUCCCUAUGACCAUAUAAAAUAUAAUCUGCUUACUCCUGAACCUAUAAAAGUCAUUAGAUUUGGUGAACUCUUAGGAAAUGUAGAUGGAGAUAGAUUCUAUGAUGAAAUGAUUGAUAUGGAAAAAAUAUUUGCAAAAGUUGAAUACUUUUUGGAAGAUUACAACCAAAAUAAUAAAAGACCUAUGACUUUAGUACUUUUUGAAUUUGCAAUCGGACAUAUUAUAAAUAUAUGUAGAAUACUUAGAUUGCAAGGAGGACAUGGACUUUUAAUUGGUUUGGGUGGUUCUGGAAGAUAGUCACUCACUUAUCUAUCAGCUCAUAUUAGAGACUUAAGAUUGACUUAAAUUGAGAUGAGUAAAAGCUACUAAAAGGAAUAGUGGAUUGAAGAUAUGAGAAAAGUAAUGAUUCAAGCAGGAGUUGAUAGCAAAGAAUCAGUUUUUAUUAUAAAUGAUAGCCAAAUGUCUAAAUCUUUUAUUUUAGAAGACCUAAAUAAUUUACUUAAUUCUGGUGACAUUCCAAAUUUAUUUUCUUAAGAAGAUUUUAUUCCAGUAAUAGAUAGAUUAAGAUAAAAUGCUAAAAAAGAAGGAAAAGUUAAACUUCUUGAAUAAGGCACUAAUUAAUAAUUUUAUGAUUAUUUUGUCUAGACUGUUAAGAAGAAACUCCAUAUAAUAGUAACACAAAGUCCUAUUGGUGAUACUCUAAGAAAUAGAAUCAGAAACUUCCCAAAUAUUGUAAAUUGUACUAAUAUUAUUUGGUAUAGAUAGUGGCCAGAAGAGGCUUUGGAUGCUGUCGGACAUAAAUUAAUUUCUGAGCUAUAUUUAGAUGGUUCUAUUAGUAGAAAAUUAGUUAACACUUGCAAACAUUUACAUUAGUCUUCUUUAGAUCUUAGCUAAGAGUAUUUAAGAAAUGAGAAAAGAGUCAAUUACAUAACACCUUCUUCAUAUUUAGAAUUACUUCAUAACUUGAAAAUAUUGCUUUAGUAACAAAGGAAAAAACUAGAAGAAAAUCGCAACGUCUAUUCAAAUGGUGUUUAAAAAUUAAUUUCUACUGCUGAGUAAGUGAAGCGUAUGGAAGAAGAAUUGAUUGAAAAGAAACCUAUCUUGAUUUAGAUGAAUGAAGAAACACAAAAAAUUGCAUCUGAAAUUAAAGCACAAGCUUUAGCUAUGGAACCAAAGCGUAUUCAAGCAGAAAAGUAAGAAGAAGAAGUUAACGUAAGAGUGUAGGAAGCAGAGCUAAUUAAGCAAGAUUGUGAAAGAGAAUUGAGUGUUGCAAAGCCUCAGUUAAAAAAAGCAGAAGAUGCUCUAAACACACUAGAUUCUAAUGAUAUAAAUAAAAUGAAGGCAAUGCUUAAGCCCCCAGAGACCGUAUAGCUUGUUAUGGAAGCAGUUUGUGUGCUUUGCAAAGUACCUCCACUUCCUGUUCCUAAUCCUAAAUAUCCUAAAGAAAGAAUUAUGAGUUAUUGGGAAGCUUCUAAGAAAUUUUUAUCAGAUAAAUAUUUCUUAAACACACUUAUUCAAUAUGAUAAGGAAAAUAUUGAUGAAUAAGUUAUGAAGAAAGUGAGAGACAAAUAUAUUUCUUAAACAAAAUUAUUUAAUCCCAAGAGAGUAGAAUAGGCAAGUUCAGCCGCUAAAGGUCUUUGUGAGUGGAUUUUAGCCUUGAGUGAAUUUGAGAAAGUUUUGUAAAUAGUGCGCCCUAAACAAUAAAGAUAUAAUUAAUCCAAGCAAGAAGUUGCUAUUUUAUAAAAUGAUUUAAAAUAGACUCGUGAUGAGCUUGCGUAACUCAAUAAAGAAAUAGCUAAUUUACAAGAUAGCUAUGAUUAAAUUCGUAAAAAAUAACAAUAGCUUGAAGAUGAUAUCUUGGACUGUGAAAAGAAACUGCUUCGUGCAAGUUCCCUAAUUGGAGGAUUAGGUGGUGAACAAGAAAGAUGGUUAAAAGUAUCAGAAAAAUUAGAAAACUAAUUAUAGUUUGUUGUUGGAGAUAUAACAAUAUCAACUGGUAUUAUUUCUUAUUUGGGACCAUUUAGUUAGACUUAUAGAAACAAGUAAGUGAAAGCUUGGAUAGAUUACUGCAAGGGACUUUCUAUCUAGAUAAGUGAAGGAUAUUCCUUAGAAAGUACGUUAGGAGAACCUAUCAUAAUUAGAAAGUGGAAUAUGAAUGGUUUGCCUUCAGAUGCUUUUUCAAGAGAAAAUGGUAUUAUUACUUAUAAUACUAGAAGAUGGCCUCUGAUGAUUGAUCCUUAACAACAAGCUAACAGAUGGAUUAGAAAAAAUGAAUUCGAUAAUAAAGUAACUGUUGUUAAAUAAUCCGAUUCUAACUUUAUUCGCUCGCUUGAAACAUGUAUUUAGUUUGGCUAAUGUUUGAUUAUAGAAAAUGUUAAAGAAGAAAUCGAUUCAAUACUUGAUCCAAUUUUAUCCAAACAAACAUUCAAAAACGCAGGUGUCCUAAGCAUUAAAGUUGGCGAUAAUAUAAUUGAUUAUUCAAAAUAAUUCAAGCUAUUUUUAACAUCAAAACUUAGAAGUCCUCACUUUACUCCUGAAAUAUCAACUAAACUAACUCUAAUUAACUUCACUAUAACUAAAGAAGGUCUUGAAGAUCAACUUCUUGAAAUUUGUGUUCAAAAGGAAAAUCCUAAUGAUGAAAACUAGAGAGUUCAACUUAUCAUUUAAAAUCACAAAUAUUAAUAACAAUUGGAAGACAUUGAAAAGUAAAUCUUGGAAGUUUUAAAUAAAGCAGAUAACAUUUUAGAUGACGAAUAAGGUGUUUAGGUCUUAUAGCAAUCUAAAUAAGUUUCUAAUGAUAUUAUGGAAAGAUAAGAAGAUGCUAAAGUAACUGAAUAAAGACUUGAGUAGUCAAGACAAGAAUAUAAGCCUAUAGCAAAUCACAGUGCAGUUCUCUUCUUUGCUAUUAUGGAUAUGGCUUCAUAAGAUUUUAUGUAUUAAUACUCACUCAAUUGGUUCAUAAACUUGUAUAUUGACUCAUUUGAUAAAGCAGAAAAGAGUAAAUCAGCUAAAGCUUAAGAUAGAGUAAUUGCUGUUAGCUAGUACUUAACAUAUUCUAUAUACUCUAAUGUUUGCCGUUCAUUAUUCGAAAAAGAUAAAUUAUUAUUUAGCUUCUUACUAUUAUUAAGAAUUUAAGAAAAUAAAAAACAUAUAGACAAUAAUGAAUUAAAUUUCUUGAUUUCUCCUAUUGAUAUUUCUUCUGAAGAUGUGAUUAAUUCUGCUCAUGAUUUAUAAGAAAAUCCAGCAAAAUCAUUUUUACCUUAGACAACAUGGUUGAGAAUUGUAGCUUUAUCUAGAAUUUCUCCAAAAUUCAAACCCUUACCACAAUCUAUUAGCGAUGAUUUAUAAUUCUGGCAUAGCUUUUAUUUCGAUAGUUAAGCUCAUACUUUAAAAUUACCCGUUCCAUUUAAUGGUUGUACAUAAAUGUAAAAAAUAUGUAUUAUCAAAGCCAUCAGACCAGAUAGAGUUAAUUUAGCAGUGCAAGACUUCAUCAGAGCAGAUUUAGGUGAAAAGUUCACAUCACCUCCUCCUUUUAAUUUAUAACUUAGUUUUAAUGAUUCUAAUUGCUACUAGCCUUUAAUCUUCAUCCUUCCAGGUACUGAUCCAAUGAAUAAUUUAAUUAAUUUUGCUGAUUAAAAGUAGAAAUAUUUGAAAGCUAUAUCACUUGGUCAAGGAUAAGGCGUUCAUGCAGAAAAAGCUAUUGAUGAAGCUCAAAAGUAAGGAACUUGGGUAAUUCUUUAAAAUUGUCAUUUAGCUCCUAGUUGGAUGCCAAAAUUAGAAAAAAUUUGUGAAGAAAUGCAAAAUAAUUCACAAAAUAAAGAAAAAAUUAAUGUAAACUUUAGAUUAUGGUUGACAAGUUAUCCCAGCUCUGAUUUCCCUAUUUCAAUCUUGUAGAAUAGUGUUAAAAUGACUAACGAACCUCCUAAAGGUGUUAAAUCUAAUAUGUUAGUUUCCUUUAUGAGUGACUAGAUUUAAGAUUAAACAUUCUUCGAAACCCACAGUAAGCCUAAGCAAUUUAAAACUCUUCUUUAUGGACUUUGCUUUUUCCAUGCAGUGCUUUAAGAAAGAAGAACUUAUGGACCUCUUGGUUGGAAUAUCUUAUAUGACUUUAAUUAAUCUGAUUUGCGUAUAAGUGUGAGAUAAUUGUAUAUCUUAUUGUAGGAGUAUUAAGACAUACCUUACAAAGCUCUUCAUUACAUGGUUGGUGAGUGUAAUUAUGGUGGAAGAGUAACAGAUGAUAGAGAUAGAAGAAUUCUUCAUGCUUUGAUGCAAGAUUUCUUUUCAGAUUAAAUUUUCCAAUAAAACUUUUGCUUCGCAAACGAUUCAAAUUAUAUUGUUCCUCCUAUCGGUAAUCAUGCUGAAUAUAUAAAAUUCAUUGAAGAAAAAAUUCCUCUUAACUAAAGCCCAAGUAUAUUCGGUUUCCAUGACAAUGGUGUAAUAGUUAAAGAUCUUAAAGAAACAGACGAUUUAUGUGGAGCUCUUUUAAUGAUGAUGGGUGGAAAUUCUAUGAAUAAUACUGAAGGAGAUACAGAAACAUAACUAAGAGCUAUUUCAUAAGAUAUAUUAACAAAAAUACCAAAGAAAUUUGAUCCUGAGUUAGUUUCAGCUAAAUAUCCUAUAUCCUAUGAGAAUUCUUUAAAUACUGUUCUACAAUAAGAAAUUAUAAGGUAUAAUAAUUUAACGAAUGUGAUAGUGUCUUCUCUUAAAGAAAUAGAAAAUGCUCUUUAAGGUAUAGUUGUGAUGUCUUCUAAUCUUGAAAAAGUAUGCAAUAGUUUGCUUAAAGGUCUUGUUCCUGAUUUAUGGAAGAAAUCUUCAUAUCCUUCAUUAAAACCAUUAGGAUCUUACAUUACAGAUUUAGUGAAGAGAUUAAAAUACUACUAGAAUUGGAUUGAUCACGAUGUACCUAAGUGUCACUGGAUAAGCGGCUUCUACUUUACACAAACAUUUUUAACAGCAACUUUACAAAACUUUGCUCGUAAAUAUACAAUCCCAAUUGAUAAUCUAGUUUUUGAAUUUAAUUUUUAUGGUGAACCUCCUGAGAAUGUGAACGAUGCAGCUCAAUAUAUAGACAUCACAGAUGGUUAGUUAAUGUAUGGACUCUAUAUAGAGGGAUGUAAAUGGGAUUACGAUGAAAGAUGUCUCGCUGAAAGUGACCUUAAAGUUUUAUCAGUAUAAGCUCCUAUUAUAUGGUUGAAACCAACUGAAAUAUCUCAAGUAAACAGUUAAUAGUAAAUAUAUAAGUGCCCAGUUUAUAAAACAUCAGAAAGAAAAGGUACUCUUUCAACAACAGGUCACUCUACUAAUUUUAUAAUGAGCAUAGAUAUGCCCACGACUAUUAGUUCUUCACACUGGGUAAAGCGCGGUGUAGCUAUGCUUUGCUAAUUAAGCGAUUGA